CGCUCUUCACCCUUCAAAAGACUUCAGCAGUUAGUUCUGCCUGCGCUUCCUGCUCCAAGAGGAAAAAAGGGACGAGAAAUGCCGUGGUCUUCGCUUUCCACACGCACAUCAGGUAGGGUGGUGAUCUGCCUGUCAGACGGGGUCCGGUGCCGUUUGGUCCGUGUGCGAACGGAGGACCGUUCGGUGGAUGGCACCUGGUGGCCCAACCUGACGUCCUCCUCAGCCUACUGUGGCAUGUCAUUCGUGGCCAAGUGGCCUGGCUGAGGGUUGGAUGCCUUGGAUCGCCUGGCGGAAAUCUGACUUCUCUGGUGGAAGAGUGGUGUAGUGAAACCGUUUGAUGUCAGAGUCCGGCCGAGUUUUCCCUGAGGCAUUUCCACUUGCAUCACCGGAACUGUGUCAGCUGGCCAUCACCAGGUACGCCGAUGGCAUGUCGUGGGGCAGCGACUCCAUCAGCUGCAUCCGGCCAAAGGAUGAGCUCAGCACGCUGUUCUACGCGAGCUCGAACCAGAUGCAGGUGGCGUUCUCACUCGCGGAAGGCUUGAAUCCUCAAUUCAACACCAGCGAGGUGUAUUUGUACGAAGCCAUCGAGCAGUCCACAAUUGUGUUUGAGGUCUCUUUCUCGACUUCGCGCGAGACGGUCUCCCACCUCCCGGGCUGCUGGGUGGCGGGGCUCCCGAAUCGCUACGCGCAGCUCGUGCCCGGUGCCGACUAUGGCGAGGGCUACUUGAUGUUGAGCGUGGAGGAUGUGCUGUCCGCCGCUGGGAGGAGAAUGGAAGACUUUGGAAGCGAAGGCGCGCAGCUGCGCUUGUCGGGUGUGGAGAUCGUCGCGCGGGUGGAUGUGCGCAACUACCACCGGCCCUUCACGUGGCCGUUCCAUAGCUGGAAUCCUUGGAGGCUUCCGGAAGCCCGGGAGCUGGAGUGCACCGUGCAUUUCGAUGUGCUGAGAGAUCAGUUUAACGUCGUGCAGUGGUUUCAUGAAGGCCGCCGGCCCAUUGCUUUGCAGCACGGCAUGCGCUUGGCGGUCGUGGGCACUGGCUCCGUGGGGUACGUCAGCCUCCAACAGCUGGCAACCCAGGUGCUGUUGGGCUUCACAGCCUUUGGACUAGCGCAGACCUGCCUGGACUACGGGUGGUUCUACUUGCACCGGCAGUCCUCCUUCAUCGCCGAUCGCGCCUUCCUGCGCGUGAACCUGGACGACCGCGGAACCGCCGCCCCGGCCGGCGCGGGCGGGGGCGUGUCAGCGGCCGUGUCGGCCUCAAAGAAAGGCGACUGACGAGGUGGCCGAAAA